AUGAGUCAAAAGGCAGAAAAACCACAACUAUCAGGCACCCGUCUGAAAACCAGAAAAAGGGAUGAAAAGGAAAAGUACGACCCAACUGCUUUUCGAGAUUCCAUCAUUACUGGCAUUAGUGAAUGUGGAAGAGAUCUAGAGCUCGUGUCUCGUUUUCUAGACAAAGAAGGAUCAAAACUUGACUACAGGAGAUAUGCAGAAGUCCUUUUUGAUACUCUGUUUGCCGGAGGCAUUCUUGCACCCGGAGGGUUUAUUGUAGAGGGAACAGACAAUGGGAAACCUGUCCGAUCAGAUGUCUGUGUUUUCAGGUGUGAUGGAGACCUUGACUCACUACGCAACUUUUAUGCGGUGUUCUAUAAGCUCAUCCGAAGGUACAAGUAUUUGGAAAAAGCGUUUGAGGAUAAUCUGAAAAAGAUCCUGAUGUUCCAAAAGGGUUUCCAAGCUGAUGAACGUGAAAAACUGGCUAUCAUCACCGGAAUCAUCCUGGCCAAUGGCUUAUGCACCCCUCGCAUCUUGCUUAGUCUCUUUGAGGACCACCUGGUCAAAGAAGGCAUCUCCCUGGAGUUUGCUGCGACCAUGUUCUCCACAUGGUUGAAGGAGAAGGACAUCAAUUCCAUUUGUGCGUCUCUGAAGAAGCAGCAGAUUGACUCCAGGCUCAUGGAAAUGUUUCCAAUCAACAAACGCAACCAGGAGAAUUUCACAACUUUCUUUCAAGAGCGAGGUCUCGGGGCCAUCGCCAAUAUGCAAAUAGCCCAGAUGGCAUCCAAGGCCAAGAAAGAGGCCCAGAAGUGCCUUGCAGACAUGAUUAAAGAUGAGAGUCCAGUGUCAGAGAUGAUUGAUUACGUGAAGGAGCUGAUUGACAAACAAGGCAUGUCUGAAACAGAAGUUGUUAUAGCUAUCUGGAGUUCUAUAAUGGCUGCCGUGGAGUGGAACAAGAAAGAGGACCUUGUGGCAGAACAGGCCCUGAAGCAUCUCAAUCACAAGUCUGAGCUGGCUCUGAUGCUCAAAGUUCAGGAGUUCUGCUACGAUAACAUGAACUUCUUGAAGACUUUCCAGAAGAUCAUCAUGCUUCUGUACAAAACUGGAGUUAUCAGUGAAGAUGUCAUACUGAGGUGGUACAAGGAUGGUCACAGUGCUAAAGGCAAGAGUGUCUUCCUCGAGCAGAUGAAGAAGUUUGUGGAGUGGCUUCAGAGUGCUGAGGAGGAAUCUGAUGAAGACGAUGAGGAGGAAGACUAA